CUAGCCUCGUCUGCUUUGACGCGCGGUGGUUCGGCUGAGGCGGUUCUGACAAGGCUGCGGGGCUGAGAGCUAAAACUUCCCCGCCAUGACACCGCGACGGUUCUGAGGCGGACCCGCUUUCACGCUCGGCUGGUUACUGCGCUCAUCCGACGCACAGACGACUUGCGUGGAUGCCGGAGAGGCCACAAUGAGCUCGGGGGACGCCGACGAGCCGCGGGACAGGGCCGACAGCGGCGACAAAGAGCCCGACAUGGACGGCUCCGACCACGACAGUGACGUCGCCCGGAGCUGCCCUCCAUGUCCACCUGGGACGAGUACGACCUCACCACCGUUGGAGGACCCAGCCGCCGGGCCUCAACCAGAAGGCAGCAGCGGCGGGGGCUCAGACACUGGCCGGGCGAAGAGUCUGUUCUCCUGGCUUCAGAACAGGUCCAUUAGGCGGGGCGUGUUUGUGGACCCGGUCCGGGACAACUUCAACACAAUGACCAGCUUGUACUGCUCCAUGAACCCGGCUGCGGACUCAGUCAACCUGAGCACCAAGACCCACGGAGCUGUGUUCAACCUGGAGUACUCCCCAGACGGGUCGGUGCUGACGGUGGCCUGCGAGCAGACCGAGGUGCUGCUGUUUGAUCCCGUCUCCUCCAGACACAUCAAAACCUUGACAGAGGCCCACGAGGAUUGUGUCAACAACAUAAGGUUCCUGGACAACCGUCUGUUUGCCACCUGCUCCGACGACACCACCAUCGCAUUGUGGGACCUGAGGAAACUCAACUCCAAGGUGUGCUCGCUUCACGGCCAUGCCAGUUGGGUGAAGAACAUUGAGUAUGACACCAACACGCGCCUCCUUGUCACCUCCGGCUUUGACGGCAACGUCAUCACGUGGGAUACUAACAGAUACACAGAGGACGGCUGCCCCCACAAGAAGUUUUUCCACACCAGAUACCUGAUGAGGAUGCGUCUGACGCCAGACUGCUCCAAGAUGCUCAUCUCCACAUCCUCCGGCUACCUGCUCAUCCUGCACGACCUGGACCUCACCCAGUCCCUGGAGGUGGGCAGCUACCGUAUGCUGCGAGCCAGACGCACCCCCCUCACUUCAGAUGGUGGUGCAUUAGCGUCCAGGGCAGCUGGACCUCGCCAGGGAAAUGACUCUAGCAAGCUCCACCCCCACAGAGAAGGCAUUUCUCCCAGGAACAGCCUAGAGGUCCUGACUCCGGAGAUACCCGGGGAGAGGGACAGAGGAAACUGCAUUACCUCCCUACAGCUUCAUCCCAAAGGCUGGGCCACACUCAUCCGCUGCUCCAGCAACAUGGACGACCAGGAAUGGACGUGCGUGUACGAGUUCCAGGAGGGGGCACCCACCCGCCCGCUGGUGUCCCCCCGCUGCUCCCUGCGCCUCACCCACUACAUCGAGGAGGCCAACGUGGGGCGGGGCUACAUCAAGGAGCUGUGCUUCAGUCCCGACGGGCGCCUCAUCUGUUCGCCGUAUGGCUACGGCGUCCGCCUGCUGGCCUUUGACGAGCACUGCGGCGAGCUGGCCGACUGCUUACCCGUGCAGACCAGCUGCCUGCGGGAGGUGCGCGCCAUCUACUCCCACAGUGACGUGGUGCUCACCACCAAGUUCUCGCCCACGCACUGCCAGCUGGCAUCGGGCUGCCUCAGUGGCCGGGUGGCGCUCUACCAGCCCAAGUUCUAGAGUGGAACAAAAGUAUUUUGCAAUCUGGCUAAUCUAAAAUGGCUAAUCUAUGCACAUAUUGAUGUGUAAAGACCCCCUCCUGCAGGGAUGGCAUUUGUUUUAAAGUGCUCUAACAGUGGCAUGAGGGAGAUUGUAUUCAAGUGUCCUGGAGGACGUGCUUGUAUAGUUUGACUGACGGGCCUAAAGCCUGUGGAUGGGGCACUGCAGCCUCCCUCCACUUUGCGAUGAGUAACUGCAAGCCGUUCAUUGUUGAAUCGAGAGCAAGGCUCGCUUUCACUCUGAACUUGAACAGCAGCCAACACUAAUGAUGCAGGGGACUCUCUGUUUGUGCAAGCCCCUCAUUUGGAUCCCCCAGGACUCAUCGUCUCAUUUCAGCUCCACAUUAGCGCAUGAUGCAUUCACUUUGUAGCAUGGGGGUGGUGUCGCUUACACCUACAGCGCCCUCGUUCAGGCCACUUCUAGGGCUCGUUAACCAAUAUUGUGACGCUGUUUGAAGCCUGAAAUGUCACGGUUCACGCAACAACCUCAUCCAGGCCGGCGUUCAGUUCAAGCUUCAGUGAGUUUGUCGUUUUCCCCAUUUAAUCAAUAUGACACUUCAUUUUUGCUUGAUUUCCUGCAAAAUCCACCGUCUUGGCAUUGAUGCACACGCAUCUCAAGUAUAUGUUGCAGUCUUUUUGACAGUGUUUUUGUAAGAUUCCCUCAAGUGGUGCAAAAAGAUGCAAUUGAACUACUAUGCAUACCGUCCUUAGUUAGUAAUCAUACGGUUAUUUGUUAUCACCAAUGAAACUGUAUUGCAGUUUAUAUAAAUAUAGUUCUGAUAUUUCCUGGAGUCCUCAUAUAUAAGGUCGCCCCUGAAAGGCAAGUGAGGCAAAACAUGUUUAUUUAUUUAUGAUUACUGAUUUGUAUCUCCUCCUGGUGCAUUUGUACGAUGUUGUUGUAGUUCCCAAUGUGGCCACAGGGGGCUUCACGCUGAAAGAAGCCUUGUCUUGACAAAAUUGCAUAUUUUCCCCAGCUGGCCUUCCGGGUCUUUCCUUAUAACUAGAUGUGGCCUAAAUAAUAAUAACAGUAAUGAAAAAGUGCUUUGACGAGAAAUGCAGCUUUGUUGCUAAUGACAGACUAUCAUAAUGGUAGACAUGAGAAUUGCAUCACCGUUAAGUUUGGUAAUUGUCGUGGAACAAAACAUAAUUGAACAGAAAACAGUUGUUUAUCAUGCACAACGUUGGGGAAAUGGAAGCGAACCUGCCUUUUUUUUGUUGUUGUUAUUCUUUUGUCCUACAGAGAAGUGUCUUAACCAUUUUCACUUCAGGUUUAACCACCACCGAGUUUUUUUCUUUUGUAAGAAAAGAAAAAUGUGUUAUGCGCUUUUCUGUGUGUUCUGAAUCAUUUUAAGCUGUGUUUUGUUACGGACUGUCCUCAGUGUGUGUGUGUGUGUGUGUUUGCAUCCUGGGCGGGGGGAACAACAACAAGAAGAAAAUGACUUUACACAUCAACUAAUCCCAGCUAUGAAACUUAGAAAAAAGGUACUUGCCAUCACUCGACAAUAAAAAGCUUCUUU